AUGGCAACCAAUGACGCCAAGGGCAAGCAGCUCAACGCUGACGUGGUCGAGCCUUCCACGAACACAAGAAUUACUACCGACUUUGGUACAAAACAAUCCAAUACAGAUGACUGGCUCCGUGUAAAUGAUGGUAAUCAAACUGGGCCGAUGCUGUUGGAGGAUGGCUUUGCCCGCGAAAAGAUUCAUCGAUUUGAUCAUGAAAGAAUCCCGGAACGCGUAGUGCAUGCGCGCGGGGCGGGAGCAUUCGGUACUUUCAAACUCUUUGAAUCGGCUGAUGACGUUUCCCACGCUGGUAUCCUGACCGACACAUCGCGCGAGACUCCUGUUUUUGUGCGGUUUUCAACCGUUCUUGGCAGUCGUGGGUCUGCGGAUACCGUGAGGGACGUGCGAGGUUUCGCUGUCAAAUUUUACACAGAGGAGGGCAACUGGGAUAUUGUUGGAAACAAUAUACCCGUCUUCUUCAUUCAGGAUGCCAUGAAAUUCCCCGACAUCAUCCAUGCAGGGAAACCUGAGCCUCAUAACGAAGUUCCCCAAGCUCAAAGUGCCCACAACAACUUCUGGGAUUUCAUGUACAUGCAUUCCGAGGCCACUCAUAUGUUCAUGUGGGCCAUGUCUGAUCGUACCAUCCCUCGCUCAUACCGCAUGAUGCAAGGAUUCGGUGUCAACACGUUCACUUUGAUAAACGCCAAAGGAGAACGCCACUUUGUCAAGUUCCACUUCACGCCCGAGCUGGGUGUCCAUUCCUUGGUUUGGGAUGAGGCCUUGAAACUGGCCGGCCAGGACCCCGACUUUCAUCGCAAGGACUUGAUGGAAGCCAUUGAAAACGGCGCAUACCCACGUUGGAAGUUUGGCAUCCAGACAAUCCCUGAGUCUGACGAGCAUGAAUUUGAUUUUGACAUUCUUGAUGCGACCAAAGUGUGGCCCGAAGAUCAAGUUCCCAUCCGGUAUAUCGGACAAUUGGAGCUCAACCGCAAUGUCGACGAGUAUUUUACACAGACAGAACAAGUGGCUUUCUGCACUAGUCACAUCGUUCCGGGCAUUGGAUUCUCAGAUGACCCUCUCCUUCAAGGUCGCAAUUUCUCAUAUUUCGAUACCCAAUUGAGCCGGCUAGGGGUGAAUUGGCAAGAACUUCCUAUCAACAAACCAGUAUGUCCAGUUAUGAACUUCAAUCGCGAUGGCGCCAUGCGCCAUACAAUUUCGAGAGGCAAGGUCAACUAUUGGCCCAAUCGCUAUGAGAAUCAGCCCCCAGCAAGCAAGGAAGAGGGUGGCUAUAUCGACUAUCCUCAAAAGGUUGCAGGGAUCAAAGAAAGGUCAAAGAGUGCCAAAUUUUCGGAGCAUACAUCCCAAGCCCAGCUUUUCUUUAACUCUCUCUCUGACGUUGAGCAAGCUCAUGUGAGAUCAGCACUCUCAUUUGAGUUGGACCACUGUGACGAGGCUAUAGUAUAUGAACGACUGACCCAGCGUCUGGCUGACAUCGACCUUGGUCUUGCGCAAGCUGUCGCUCAGAUGGUUGGGGGGCCGAAACCUGAGAAGGCCGGGAAGCCCAAUCAUGGGAGAAAGGCAACUGGGCUGAGCCAGCUGGGUUAUCUUCCAGAAAAUCCGACUAUCGCCUCGCGCCGGGUCGGUAUCAUCAUUGCAGACGGCUACGACUCCGUCGCCUUCAAGGCCUUAUUAACGGGCCUAAAGCUCGCAUCGGCCAUCCCUAUAGUUCUCGGUGUUCGUAGGUCUGCCAUCUUUGCGGAUGGAGAAGAUCGUUCAGAAAACAAAGGAGUCGUUCCUGAGCAUCACCUUGAAGGUCAGAGGAGUACGAUGUUUGACGCUCUUGUGAUCCCAGGGGGGAAAAACUCUAUUCUGACUCUAUCCAAGAGUGGCCGGGCGCUGCACUAUAUCAGGGAGGCCUUUGGCCAUCUCAAGCCUAUUGCCGCCACCGGCGAAGCUGUGGAUCUUGUUGAGAAAGCAAUUCAGCUUCCCCAGAUUCAUUUGUCAUCUAAUAAUGAAGCUCAGGAGAGUUAUGGCGUCGUCACACUACGAAACUGUGAGCCUGAAAGCAUACAAGGUGCUUUUACUAUUGCCAAAAAUGCAAAGGGUUUUGUGGAAAAGUUCUUUUACGCCAUAAGCCAGCAUAGGUCUUGGGACCGAGAGUUAAGUGGGCUGGAUAAAAUGGUGGCUUACUGA